AUGACAACAGCAACAACCUCCCCAGCCAGCCCAACCCCGGGCCCCUCGGCGCUCAUGGGCCAGCCCCUCGCGGCCGCAAGGCAGUCAAAGGACUUUGACGUCGUUGUCGCCUACCAGAAGGCUCUGUCCGACGAGAAGUAUCCCCACCCUAUCGCGGCAAUCCUUGCCCUCGUCGAGCUCAUGGAGGCGUCAACCGCGUCGACCAUCUCGGGUCUUGCUAUGGAGCUCACUCACGCGCGCCGCACCCUCAUCGACACCCAGCCAUCCCUUGGUGUCCGUGCCGGCUGUCAGCUGUGGGAGCGUUUCGUGGCCGCGUACGGCGGUGGAGAGAGGAGCCUGAUUGCGCAGGGCCGCUCGUUCUGCUCGGUCACUGCCCCCCAGUUCCGCGAGAAGAUUGCCAAGACGGCCGUCGACUUCAUCCGUGAUGACUGCGUCAUCCUCACCCACAGCUACUCGCGUACCGUUAUUCAGACCAUCCUGCGCGCGCACAAGCAGCACAAGCGCAUCAGUGUCUAUGUGACCGAGGCUCGCCCGGGCUGCCUUGGCAUGCGUACACACCAGAUCCUCACUGCCGCGGGCAUCCCCUGUACUGUCGUUCUGGACAGCGCUGUGGGCUACGUGAUGGAGCGUGUCGACAUGGUUCUCCUGGGUUGUGAGGCCGUUGUGGAGAGUGGUGCCCUGGUCUCGUCUGUCGGCACCUACCAGGUCGCUCUGGUGGCCAAGGCCAACCAGAAGCCCGUGUAUGCCCUUGCCGAGUCGUACAAGUUCCUGCGACACUACCCUCUCUCGCAAACCGAUCUUCCCAUGCCUCGCCAGAUGCGCGACCACUUGCCUCUGUCAUUUGCCGCCGAGCUCCCAGGUGCGAACCUCGCCGCCAACUUCCCCAUGACCACGCCUUCCCACUCGCGCCGCGCCAGCAUUGACCCCGAGCCUGGAUUCGCGUCCGGCACUACCACCCCGUCCCGCGCUGCCAUCAUCGCCAAGGACCUCAAGAUGUCCAAGGAGAUGGAGGACCUCCAGCCGCCCUUCGACGUCACCUACCCCGAGCUUGUCGAGUUUAUCAUCACCGACCUUGGUUCCCCCCUCUCCCCCACAUCCGUCAGUCAGUACCUGGUCGCCCAGUUCUCCGAGUAG